UGGAACGGGGUCGGUAGGUCAGGGAGGCCCGGAUGUCGCUUCUCUCCCUCUCGCUCUCUCCGUCUCUGGGUAGGAGGCGCCGGUUGCCCGGAUGUUCCUGUUGCUGCGGCGGCGGCGGCGGCGGCGGCGCCCGUGGUCGGGUCGUCACCGGGGGGCGCGGAGCGGCUGGGCCCAACAUGGCUUCCCCGGCGGCCCUGAGGAGAAACAUGAACAUUUUGGCUGUGAGGCAUAGACUGAAAUAUAACUCUAGGAGAAAACUUACACUGUUAAGAGCCACAUAUGAAAUCUCUUUGCCGGGGCAGGGGCUAUUCCCUUUAAAAAACAGUUUAAAAAUUUGUGUGUUCAUACCUGAUCCUUUGUGCCUUAUCACUUAUGCAAGACAUGGCCAAGCAGGAAUCUCAGAGAAUAACAAAGAAAUAAGUGCCCCAGGUGAAGGAGACCCGCCGUCCCCUCAGUUCCCCUGGAUGCUGGGCGGCCGGGGCCGGUUCUCGCCGUCGCUCAAGAUGGCGACCUUGAAACGGAACCACCAACAAGCCUGGCCGGAGGAGGAGGGGGACCGGGAGCACGGCCUCUACAGCCUGCACCGCAUGUUUGACAUUGUGGGCACCCACCUGACUCACCGCGACGUCCGUGUGCUGUCUUUCCUCUUCGUGGACGUCAUCGACGACUACGAACGGGGCAUGAUCCGCAGCGGGCGGGACUUCCUCCUGGCGCUGGAGCGACAGGGCCGCUGCGACGAGACCAACUUCCGCCAGGUGCUGCAGCUGUUGAGGAUCAUCACCCGCCACGACCUGUUGCCCUACGUCACGUUGAAGAGGAGGAAGGCUGUGUGUCCGGACCUUGUAGAUAAGUAUCUCGAGGAGACUUCGAUCCGCUAUGUGACCCCCCGAGCCCAUAGCAAUACGGAACAUGUCCCCGUGCACCAACACAAAUCUGUGCCUCCCCACCACCCGUUGGUCUGCUGCUCCUCUUCGGGCCCCCAGAUCUGCACCAAGAGAUCCGGCCGGGGAAGGGCGCUGCUCGGCAACCAGCGGAAAAGGAGGAAGUCGGUCACGCCGGAUCCGAAGGACAAACAGACCUGCGAUAUCCGCCUCCGUGUCCGGGCCGAAUACUGCCAGCACGAGACAGCCCUGGAGGGCAACGUCUUCUCCAACAAGCAGGAUCCCCUGGAGCGCCAGUUUGAACGUUUCAGCCAGGCCAACACGAUCCUGAAGUCCCGGGAUUUGGGCUCCAUCAUCUGUGACAUCAAGUUCUCGGAGCUGACGUACCUGGAUGCCUUCUGGCGCGACUACAUCAACGGCUCCUUGCUGGAGGCCCUAAAGGGCGUCUUCAUCACAGACUCGCUCAAGCAAGCCGUGGGCCACGAGGCCAUCAAACUCCUGGUCAACGUGGACGAAGAAGAUUACGAGGUGGGCCGGCAGAAACUCCUGAGGAACUUGAUGCUGCAGACGGCCCCUUGAACCACCACCACCACCCCCCGGCGGUGGAUAAUUCUUCUUUUGUUUUUUUUUUGUCUUUUCCUGUUUUCUUCCUGCCCUGCCUCUCCUCAGGCUCUCUCCUUGGGAGGAAUAUUUUUCUUUCUUUCUUCCUUUUUUUUUUUUUUUUUUGGCAAAAUUAUUUUCCUGGAAAAAAAAGAAGAGAGAGAGAGAGAGAGAGAGAGAGGGAGGGAAGGAGAGGGGGGAAUAAUAUCUCCGAGGAACGAAAAAUCGGUCAAGUAUACUGAAUUAGUCUUUUCCGUGGAAGGAGAUGCUGGUUUUUUUUCCCCCCAGACGGGGGAAAUGGGGAGUCAGAGAGGCCCGUCUCGCACCCCUGCCUCGAAGGAGCCCCCUUUUCCUGGGCUCGCUGAGUAUCGGGGGACCCCCCCCCCCGAAAGGCGCUUGGCGGUUCUUUUCUUGUCGCCUGCCCUUUUGUGUUGUCCGACUUUUUUGUUGUUUUGGUAUUGUUGCCAUCGAUUUGUUCGCCCGCUGUCGCCCCCCCUCCUAGUGGAGCCCGAUAUGACCCCCCCCCCCCCAGGCAGGCCCUUAAUUCCUCUCUUCCUAUUAAAGAAGCUGUUCUCGUCAUCGGGUCCCCGUUCGUGUCUCUCUGCAAGGGGAAGGGGACGGGGAAGGAGGCCUUGGCUCAUGGGGAGGGGAGGGGGCUCUGCCUCCCCAUCCGUGGUCUUUCUGCUCCCCCUCUGUAGCAAAGGUGUUGAAGCGGGGGGGGGGGUGUGUGUGUCACGGUUUGGCAAGGGGAAGGGCCGGGGAUGCGUGUCGAUGGAGGGGGUCUCGUGUGAAGCUCAGCCAAGGUGGGGCACGAGAUGUGGGUCCAAAGCCGAGGCUGAGCCACGGCUGCUGCUCUGAACCCCACUUCGGUGGGGCGCGAGAUUUCCUUGUGGGUCAAAUAGGGACGGGGCUCCCCAGCCUUGGCGGCUUUUAAGGCGAGUGGACAUCCAACUCCCAGGAUUCCCCAGCCACAAGUCCACAAAGUCUUCAAGGUGCCGCGAUUGGAGAGCCCUGAGAUCGAGGAACCCCCUCCUUCGGCUAAGCAGCUCCUCCGAGACCCUCUCUUGGCUCUUCCUCCCCCCCCACCCCCCACGCCCUCCAUCCCGCCUGUGCCUUUCCCUCUCACUCUGCGGCCUCCAGAGAUAAACGAGAACGGCCCUCUCUCUUCCCUCCUCAGCCGAGCAACCUCGGAGGACAGCUGCCCACCUGGGGCGGUUGGCCCAGAGAUGGAAAGGAAGGCCUCUGCCAGCUAGAGGAGGAGAGGGGCCCAAGAUUAGGAGGGACACCCCUGUGUGGCCAGGGCCACCUUUUGGGGGAUCCUGUUGGUUUAGCUCAGAGGUCUUCGACCUUGGCCACUUUUAAGACUUGUGGACUUCAACUCCCAGAAUUCCUGGAGUUGAAGUCCACAAGUCUUAAAGUGGCCAAGGUCGAAGGCCCCUGGGUUAGCUGACUGGUCUGUUCCUCCGGGGGUUUCUCCACACACACACACCCCAGAUCCCAACUUCCCAAACCGAAUAGCUCGGAAGACGCUUGGAGUGGGAUAGGACAUGCACCAACCUUUGCUCUCCCCUGGUGCUGAGCGCUGGUUACGUCUACAUUUUCGCUUUCUUUGGGGGGAGGGCCCGAUUGUCGUCGGGCUCUGCCGGGGUUCAGCUGUGCGGGUUACAUUUUUGGUAGCCCCACAGGCCUUGGCAAGGCGUCUCUUUCCCCCCACCCCACCCCAGGCCUGUCUCUCUUUUCCCUAUCAGCUGCAGGGAGGCUGGGGAUAUGCUUCGUCGGUCGGGAAAAUAGAACAACCCGGGAGGAAGGAAUCGGUUCUUCGAUUUGUGCUGGGUUUCUUUUUGUUGGGUGCUCACGCUUGCCGUGUGUCGUUUCCGUUUGGCCCCCUUAAAAUCACUUGGCAAGCCGCAGCCAAGCCCCCUCCCCUGCCUUGCCUCCUUUUUCCCAGUAAGACCCCCUUGGCUGACUCCUUCAAGAGGGCAGAUGGGGCCAGCAAGGCUCCAUCCAGCAGGGGAAGGAACUGGGAGCCGCCCGGCAAGCGUCCCGUUUAUCCAGCCAUAAGCUCAGGUGGCCCUGGAGCAUUUCACGGGGAGGGGACGAACAGGGAACCAAGUGGGCUUCCCAACCUGCACGGCAGGGAGAGGCCACACAAUUCACCUGGACGGACGUUCAAAUCGGUUACGAGUUUGUGUUGUACGACUUGCCUCUUCGCUUCGGUCCAUUUGCCGGAAGCGGCUUUUCCACGAAGGUUCGUAACGGCGCUUCGGAUUUGGGUUCGGAAGCAAAGGCCCCUCCUGCUUGGUGCGCGGAAGAGCCCAACGCCAGGCCUUCGUGCGACUCAACCAAGCGGGCGCCCUUCUUUCCAAAAUUGCACAGCUACCAACCUUAAAAUUGCACAGGCCGUAUUUUUGUUUUUUUUUACGGCGUCCACUUCCGUGAGUUGCCAGCGGGGCCUGCAUUGGUUCUCAUGCCGGGGCCCCCCCAAAUGUGACACCCCCUUUUCCAAGUCCAAAGUGCUGGGCAGCUCUUCUCUAAACCCCCCCCCCCCAUUUUUUUUCCUCUAUAACAAUCCGCUUCUUGUCUGAAGCAAGUCCAGGAAAAGUUACGACACCUGACUCCCUUGGCUGUAUAAACUGACGCCAAAACCUGGGAAAAUGGAGCAAGUGACCCUUCGCUUGGCUUAAAAUGGUCCAGUCGGACUUCGGAGGCUCCCCCCCCCCCCCCCCGGCUGCCUCGCAAAGUACACGAAAAUCUAAUCAUUGCAAAUCCCUGUUGUUUCAUGAUAAUCCUGGCACAAAUUUGUGUAAAAUCGGUGACUUAUUAUUAUUAUUUUUUAAGGAAAUGCCAGUGUGACUGGGCAUUUUUCCUAAUGUACCUUUCGGUUUUUCGUUUUUUUUUUUCUGAAAUGACGAUGAUGAUGAUGAUAAUAAAAAAAAUCUUCUGCCUU